AUUUGCACUUUUCAGGCCUGGUCUCCUCGGCGAUUGGUCAUCUUCUCCGUCCGCGUGCUCGGCGCGAUGAGGAGUUCUCUCCGCUUCUAUUCCAAGCUCCUCCAAUAUUCCUCUCGGAACAUCAACCCUCCCUCUUUCUCCACUGAUGGCGUUCUUCGUCUUUGUCUGCUCUCUCACUCUCAUCGUCUCUACUCGUCAUCCUCUGUUCCCGAUUCCAAUUCCUCCCUCGAUUCCUUGAAACUGGGACUUACUAAAUCCGAUGGCCUUCCGGCUGUCUCUGCUUCCUCAUCUUCUGCCGGCGCAGUGGAUCUCACAUCUCUUGUCUCAGCUUCCGCUUCUAAAGCGAGGGAAAUUGUGGACUUGACUCGUCACUAUAGUCGGUGCUAUUGGGAGCUUUCUAAAGCUCGUCUCAGCUUGCUUGUGGUUGCGACGUCUGGGACUGGAUUUGUAUUAGGCAGUAGCAGUGCUGUUGACUUUCCAGCACUAUGUUGGACUUGCAUGGGUACCAUGAUGGUUGCUGCAUCUGCUAAUUCGUUAAAUCAGGUGUUUGAGAUAAAUAAUGAUGCCAAAAUGAAGAGAACAAGCAAAAGGCCACUACCAUCAGGGCGCAUUACAGUACCACAUGCAGUCAACUGGGCAUCAUCUGUUGGUUUAGCCGGCACAGCUCUGAUAGCAACAAAGGCUAAUAUGUUGGCUGCUGGGCUUGCAGCUUCCAACCUCGUUUUGUAUGCAUUUGUAUAUACUCCACUGAAGCAGAUUCAUCCUGUGAAUACUUGGGUGGGGGCUGUUGUUGGUGCUGUUCCGCCACUCUUGGGAUGGGCUGCAGCUGCUGGUGAUAUUUCACUAAAUGCAUUAAUUCUUCCAGCUGCUUUGUAUUUUUGGCAGAUACCUCAUUUCAUGGCCCUUGCUUACAUGUGCCGCAGUGAUUAUGCUGCCGGAGGGUUUAAGAUGUACUCACUUGCCGACCCAACUGGUCUGAGAACAGCAUCAGUCGCUUUGAGGAACUCUAUUUAUCUGAUCCCUUUGGGAUUCUUGGCCUAUGAUUGGGGUGUGACUUCUGGGUGGUUUUGUCUCGAGUCGUUGUUCCUUACUGCUGCAAUAACGGCUUCAGCAUUCUCAUUCUAUAGAGAUCGUACAAAAGAAAAGGCCAGGAGAAUGUUCUACGCCAGUCUUCUUUAUCUCCCCGUGUUCAUGUCAGGGCUUCUAAUUCACCGUGUGUCUGAUAACCAGCUUAUGGCAGACAAUGCUGCCAAGUCUUGCAUGGAAACUUCUGUUCAGAAUGAGGAAAAUGUUCCCGGAAAGAAAAAGGAGAGGCACAUGAAAGGAACACCAGCACGUCCACCUGUUGCGUAUGCCUCUGUCGCACCAUUUCCCUUCCUGCCUGCUCCUCUGUAUGAUUAUUCUCUUUGAGUCUCAUGUAAGAGAAUUCAGCCAAAAGCUUUUAAAAUUUUGUUUUAUCUAUAAAUUGAAUAUUUUGCCAUGGCUGCUCAAUUCAUUUCGAUUUUCUGUUGCAUUUAUGCCCUGCAUCAAGAAUUUGCAGGAGUUCCAUGAAUAAUUAAGGAAUAGUUGUUGUUUGUUGUAUUAUGUCCCGAGAUGGGCUGCUCGGUUCAUUUUCUUAGUGGUGUCCUCACUUGAGUUGUUAAUAAAUUGUGAAGCCGGAUACUAUGAUUUGAGUACAAGAUUCCAGCUUUUCAUCCA